UUUAUUUCCUCAAGUGUGAGUUUGACUUUGUCAUAUUUCAUAAUCGAUUUAUUACUUCACAAAGGCGUAAAACUCAGGAUUAAAAGUAUUUUGGGAAUCUUCUGACAUUCCUCGACCUGUUCUAUGCAAACCAUGUGAACGACGUUGUACAUUUGCUUUUAAAAUGAAGGAAAAGCGAUCAUUUACUGUCGAAGUAGAAAAAUACCCUUCCCAGUUUUGCCUCCAACUUGGCUUAGCUUUGGUUCCUGCAACAAACUGAAAUGGGACAAAAUCAGGGCAAGCCCGGCGUAAAAAAAACAAGCACCUUGAGAAAGAAAAAUUCCGAAAGGAAUAAUGGUGAAAAUUCAGCUCCAUUUUCUAACAGACCACUACCUGACACACCUGAGUCAGGUACUCUGAAGAAACAAUGGCAAUCAUUGGAAAGCCUGACAACUAUUGUAUCAUGUGAUCCACGCUCGUUUAUUGCACUCUAUGAUUUCAAAGGAGAUGAUGAUGACCAACUAAACAUAAAAGCUAAUCAGGAGGUGUGGAUUCUCUCUGACAAUGGUAAUGGAGAAUGGUGUCGUGGGCAGUUGCGAAAUGGUCAAACAGGCUGGUUACCUCGAAGUUACAUUGCCCCUAUUGACAGCCUAGACAAGCAUUCAUGGUAUCAUGGUCAGAUAUCUCGUAUUAAAGCAGAAAUUGUGUUGAAUAGUGGAAUAAAUGGAAGUUUUUUAGUGCGUGAAAGUGAAUCAAACGCGGGUCAGGUAUCGGUAUCAAUACGAUUUGACGGCCGGGUCUAUCAUUACCGCAUUAGCAAAAACCCAGAGGGUAAACUCUAUAUUUCUGCUGGUAACAAGUUUGCAACCUUAGCGGAGCUAGUGCACUAUCAUUCUCAGCACUCGGAUGGCCUGGUUACGACUCUACACUACCCGGCACCAAAGACGGAGAAACCAACAAUAUACGGUACACACAAUCCAGACGAGUGGGAAGUGGAUCGAGAUGAGAUUUGUAUGAAGCAAAGACUUGAUGCUGGUCAGUAUGGUGAGGUCUAUGAAGGAUUAUGGAAAAAAUAUCAAAGAAAGGUUGCUGUGAAAACGCUCAAGGAAGAGACAAUGGAGGUGGACGACUUUCUCCGUGAAGCAAACGUGAUGAAGAGACUUAAGCAUAAGAACCUGGUUCAGUUGUUAGGAGUUUGCACUCGUGAGGCGCCAUUUUAUAUUAUCACUGAGUUCAUGGAGGGCGGUAAUCUUCUUGAGUAUCUCAGAGAUCCAGAGAAAAGUAAAGAUCUUGAUGCGCUCAUGUUGAUGUAUUAUGCAACACAAAUCGCCUCCGCGAUGAUGUAUUUGGAAGACAUGAAUUUUAUUCACAGGGAUCUUGCUGCCAGGAAUUGUCUAUUAGCUGGUAAUAAUGUUGUCAAAGUCGGCGAUUUUGGUCUGUCAAGACUCCUCAGAGAGGACAUGUAUACUGCCAGACAAGGAUCUAAAUUUCCAAUAAAAUGGACAGCUCCUGAAGCAUUAGCAUUCAACGAAUUCACAGUCAAGUCGGAUGUGUGGGCAUUUGGUGUUCUGCUAUGGGAACUGGCAACUUACGGAAUAUCUCCGUAUCCAGGACUGGAUCUAGCUCAAGUGUAUGAUAAACUUAGUGCCGGCUACCGUAUGCCUUCACCUGAGGGGUGCCCGGAGGAGGUUUACCAGCUUAUGAAUAAAUGUUGGGCUUGGGAAGCAUUUGAUCGACCAUCAUUUAAAGAUAUUCAUAGAGAGUUAAACGACAUGUUUGAAUCAAAAUCUGUAAAUGAAGAGGUUGAAAAGGAGUUGGAAAAAACGCGAAAAACUAAAACAAAGAAAGAGAAAAAGGAAAAGAAGAAGAAGUCAACUGGCUCAGAUAAUUCAGGCAGCAGUCAAGGCGAACCGCCACAGCCUCCUAAUGCUAGUUCCAGGCCGCCCCCUGUGCCGUCUGGUCCCAGGUCUACCUCGUCCAGCCCUCCUGGAUCCAGAUCGUCCAGCUUACAAUUUCCACUGCCAUCAUCGCCUAGACCCCCUGCUGUACCACAUACUACCAGGACCCCCAUACCUCAACCUGCUAGUUCAAGACCACCGCCUCCUCCAUCCCCCAUUUCGAAGACAAGCACAAUACCACGUGCUAUGAGCGCUGGUCAGCAAAAGAUGCCUAACCUAGCUGAAAUAGGAUCUGUAAAACUCAGACCAACUAGUUCAGUAAAGGUUUCUGCCUCUAAAACGGUGGUGGCUGACCAAGCAGGUUCCCCGCCUUGGGAGGGUGGACAGUCAAUACUUCGCAAUCGCCCCCCUCCACAGAUUCCUCUCCAAGGUGAAGAGCACUCGCCUGCACCAAAAGUCCGUCUCCCACAUACAAGAAGUUUUGAUGCUGAACCAGAGGCUGCCCCCCCUAAAGAUCAACGAAGAAUACCUAAGCUCCCCCCUUCCCGCAACAACAGACCACCGCCUCCGGUACCCAAUUUGUCAUCAAACGAUUCUGAUCAAACAGAUGGACGCCGGGGUUCCAGUACCGUAGUAGCUCCACCUGCAAGGCACCGGAACUUACCCCCCACCCCUAUCCAAAACGAUCAUUUUGAUGACCAGCAUAAUGGUGAGGUGAGAAACCCGGCAUUAGCAAAUCGUCAACUACCACCGGUACCCGGUGAGGUGAAUAAUACCGGACACCCGACGAUUGCUAAGCCUAAACCUCCCAUGGCACCAAAGCCAAACUUAGCACCCAAACCAAGAUUACCAAGUAAACCUAAGUUACCCCCGAGGUAGGAUAAAAUAAUUUGAUUAAUGUAUGUUAAUGAAAAAUUACUUGCUUAUUUUUAAGUAACGUGGAACUUGUUUCUGAAACUGCAAUUAAUAUAGAUAUAAUUAUAAUUGGUAUCGCUUGAUAAACGUGGUUUUCGGGACAUCGCGGUCAAUCCUUUGGAGUAAAAUUUUUAUUACACUAACUGUCAAAUAGAGUUAACAUGCGAGCACCAUGUGCAGCGACUGCGUCCUACAUCCGCGAAAACCUCAUUCGAAAGCAAUAUUUAAAAGUAAUGAGUAUAUUUAAAUAUAUGACUGGCAUUGUCAAUCACACUGUUUUCCAGUUACGCGUUUUCUUUGCAUUCCUGCAUCCUCGACCAUGUUUUCUAUGAAAUAUCCUUGAAAGAGAUAAUUUAACAGAGUUUACUGAUAGUUAACGUUUUGCGUGUUUAUUCCUUUGAAAAACACGUAACUUGAAAGCAGCCUGAUAAUCUUCGGUAUUCAUUGAGCAAUUAUCUAGUUGUCAUAAUCGGUAAUAUUGUGGUAAUGUAUGCGCUGUUACACUAUGCAAUUUUUCCUGCAACUUGCAAGACAAUUAUAAUUUUGAGGGAUGUUAAUUUGUAAAGAGUGAUCGAAAUUCUAAGAAACGCAGAUCGUAAGAAAUGUUCGUAUUUGUCAACUUCAGAUGCUUUUCCCUGCAACUUGCAAUGCAAUUAUAAUUUUGAGGGAUGUUAAUUUGUAAAGAGUGAUCGGAAGUCUAAGAAAACGUUAGC